UCCUUCUUCGGUAUUACCGCCAUCAUCAACGAAUACGACUACAACUACAUCAAACUAAAAGAGAAAUUCAUCCAUACUAGCUGUUAGUGUCGCCGGCAGUACUUGCCAUCAUCGCCUUUUUGUUUUUCUGUUUUGGAAGAAAGAGAACAAAGACACAGAAGUCUGACAAUGUUGAGCAUGAGAUGCCAGCUACAGAAUUGCAAUUCAGCUUCAGUACAAUAAGUGCCGCAACAGACAACUUCUCUGAGGCUAACAAACUUGGAGAAGGUGGAUUUGGGUUUGUGUAUAAGGGUACACUUUCUGAUGGACAAGAAAUAGCCGUAAACAGGCUAUCAAAAAAUUCAGGUCAAGGUGAACAAGAGUUCAAGAAUGAAGUUACCUUAGUAGCUAAACUUCAGCACAGAAAUCUUGUCAGGCUUCUAGGCUUCUGUAUUGAUGGUGAAGAAAAAUUACUCAUCUAUGAAUUCAUGCCGAAUGCAAGCCUUGACCAAGUCCUUUUCGAUCCGAAUAAGUGUACACUUCUGGAUUGGGAAAGACGAUACAAGAUAAUAGGAGGGAUAGCUAGAGGCCUCCUCUAUCUUCAUGAGGAAUCUCGACUCAAAAUUAUUCAUCGAGAUCUCAAAGCUAGCAAUAUAUUAUUAGACAUAGACAUGAAUCCUAAAAUUGCAGAUUUCGGCAUGUCUAGGCUUUUUGUGCUUGACCAAACGCAAGCUAAUACAAGUGAAGUAGUUGGAACUUAUGGAUACAUGGCUCCGGAGUAUGCAAUGCGUGGACAAUUCUCUGUGAAAACCGACGUAUUUAGUUUUGGUGUUUUAGUUAUAGAGAUUCUUAGUGGACAAAAGAACUCUUCUUACGAGUCAGAUGUUUCUCAGGACCUUCUAAGCCAUGCAUGGAGACAUUGGAAGAAUGGAUCAGCUAUAGAAUUGUUAGAUUCAACUAUCAAGGAUACAAGUUCUAGAGAUGAAGCAAUGAGAUGCAUCCACAUCGGGUUAUUAUGUGUUCAAGAAAAUGUUGCAGAUAGACCCACAAUGCCAGCAGUCCUCCUAAUGCUCAAUAGCUACUCUGUCACUCUCGAUUUACCUUGGGCACCUGCACUCUUUGCUGGUAGUACUAGUAGAGGCAUAACCCAAAUCGUCUCCAUAUCCAGGCAAACUGAAGAACAAGGAAUCUCGAAAGACAAGUCACCCGAUGAAUCAGCAGCAUGAUCAAUGAAACUUCAAUAAGUGAGCUUUAUCUUGUCAUUUUUCCCUUUCUCUGUGUUGGUUGGC